ACUAAGAUUUAUCUCCACUUAAAGGGAUAAAUCAUGAGUGAUUUAGAAGGUUGCAGUUCAGUCUGACUAGACCAGAAACUCUGUCUUCCUACAUCUAGCUAGACAGGACAUUUUAUGGCUCAAACAGAGAAAUGUAGGAGACUAUCAAGCAGCAUAACCUCAAGAUAUUACAAGGACAGAUUUUUAAAGAAUAGCACAAUAAGUCUUAAUAAUUGUAUGGAGUUCAAGAAUGAGCAUACUUCCUUAUAGAAAAAUGCAGUCAUAGUUAUGUUUAACAAAUAGAUGAUUCUAUAGAUCUAAGUGCCCACUUCUUGUAUUGAUAAAGAAAAGCAAUCUAGAAGAAUGAUUGGUUUUAUCGAUACUAAGGCUAUCAGUCCUAAGGUAAGUAAUUUUCACUAAAAAUCCGAGAUUUAAUGUGUCCAGAACUGCAUGGAGUUUCCAUUCUUAUGAAAAAUUAGUGCAGUCAAUUUUUUAGGCUUUAGACAUGAUUUUUGGUACCUUAGUGUCCCUUUAAGGCUUCAAACAUAAAAAGGUUUAGUUGUUCUCAUAAAAUAUUAUCAACCGUCUACUCUUUGAGUCUGUAAAAACUUAUGAAUGCCAGAUAGUUCUCAUCAGCAAAGGGUCUGUCUCUUCUGUAUUUCCAUAAAAAGAUUCCUGGUUCAUUUGACUUUUGGAUACCUAUAUUGGAUAUAUUUCACCAUGUUCAUUUGGAGUGUGUAGUUCAAGGCUCCAAUCCCAAUCAGGAUGAUAAAGUCUAAGAUGGCUUGGUAUCUACUAUUUAAAAUCAGAGUUUUUCUAAAUUGAACUAGAAUUUGCAGAUUCUUAGUUAUAUCAAAUAGCUAAUCAAUUCUAUCAACACUUCAAUAAAAUUUAGUUUAUCGAGGCACAGAGUUGAUAUACUAGAAAAGUCACCAUCCUCUUGUCAUCAAGAAGAGGAAAUUUCGUUUCCAAAUAAUAAGAAUGAAAUAUCUUCAAAACUUGUUUUGGGAUUCAUGCAUCUCAGACAAUCAGGAAAAUGCUCAGCAGUGAGUUUAUUUUUAAGCCACUCUUCUUGAGACUGCUCAGGACCUCUAAUCAGAUCAUUAAUAAAGACCUGGAAGAAGGUUCUAAGCUAUUAUGAGUUGAGGGAAUAAAGAAUUGCCCCAAAUAAAUACAAGGUCGGUUCUUCUCAGAGUUUAAAUAUUUAUAUCUUCACAAGCUCAUCAUAAUUUGGGAAUCUCUCCUAAGUAACAAGCAACGAUUAAUCUAGAGGCCCAUACAACAAUGAGAUGUAUGCCCAAACUCCAAUUCUCUGAAUCUGCUUCUUUAUUUAUCUAGGCAGGUAAUUGUCUCUAAAAUGUGAAGAAAAUGUUAUCUUCGAAAACUGGGAGAAAACAAAUGAUUCAUGCCCACCAACUCUUUCUUGCACUAGCAAGUAUUACUAAGCUAAUGAAGUUCAUAAUAUGUUUAAGUUGAUUCGACUCAUGAGACAUUUAUAAUAAAAUUAUUCUUCACGAAGAAAAGGGUUGAAACCUUUCAGGCAGACUAUCAUGCAGCCAUGGUUGUGUAGUAUAUGUAUGAUAUUGCCUAAACUCAU